AAGUUUGGACCUUCUCGGCCACCGCUCCUUGCAACAUGGCUGCCCCCAGGGAACGGCGAGAACGAACGUGGGAACACAGACCCUGAAUCCCACCACAUGGAUCGCAGCGCAGAGUUUAGGAGGUGGAAGGCGCAGUGCCUGAGUAAAGUGGACCUCAGUCGGAAGGGCAGUUUGGACGAGGACAUUGUAGAGCUUGUGCAGGUCCUGAACCGGCAAGAACAGUUUUUCACCACCAGUUCCUGCUCUGGCCGCAUCGUGCUCCUAGAUGGGGGUAUAAAUGGCUUUGAGGUUCAGAAACAAAACUGCUGCUGGCUACUGGUUACACACAAACCUUGUGUAAAAGAAGAUGUGAUUGCAGCUCUGAAAAAAGUGAAUGGUGAUGCCAUUUUGAAAUUUGAACCAUUUGUUCUUCAUGUGCAGUGUCAACAGUUACAGGAUGCACAGAUUCUGCAUUCAGUGGCAAUGGAUUCUGGUUUUAGGAACUCUGGCAUAACAGUGGGAAAGAAAGGAAAGACUAUGUUGGCUGUCCGUAGUACACAUGGCUUAGAAGUUCCAUUAAGCCAUAAAGGAACACUGAUGGUGACAGAGGAAUAUAUCGACUUUGUACUAAAUAUAGCAAAUCAAAAAAUGGAGGAAAACAAGAAGAGAAUUGAAAGGUUUUACAGCUGCCUACAACACGCUUUGGAAAGGGAAACUAUUACUAAGUCACCUCCAAAAGAGAAAAAUACCUCAUCAUAUACUCACAAGAAAAAAAGAAACCCAGAAAAAGCACAUGGCAAAUGUAUUACAGAAAAAAAUUAUAAAGAACUUGAAAAUGAUGAUGAUAAUGAUCCAGGACUCAGUAGUACAAUCUUCCCUGGAGAUUAUAAUAUUUGAUUCUAAUGUGUCAUGGUAUAGAAUGUUUUCACAGGUAUAUAAAACUGCUCUUUGUAAGAGUAUUUUAGUGUCUUGUGUGUAUCAAACAUUCAAAAAUGCAAGAUUUUUCUCUAUUUUUUAGAGAAACGUACCUUAUAAACAGAUGGCUUUUUAAAAUAGCUGUGUAUAAUAUUUACUCAUUAAAUAUCUUUUAGUCACAUAUUCAUUAAAAAAUAAAAUUAUGAUUU